CCCAGCUCAAAUGUCAUAAUUUUCACACAAUGUUGGUUCCGCACCAGCAAAUAAUAAAAAAUGAAAAAUAAUUUUGUUGUUAGGCGGGUUGCGGUGUGCAGUGCAAAAAAAUUCCCGGAAAAUUGGCGAAGAUUACAGACUUAGAAUCAUUUGCAAUGGAAUAGUGGAUCCCGUCCGUUCGGUGUGAAUAUCUGGUGACUUGUCAAAGAGUCAAUCGCUGCCGCCCGUCACUGCUGCGAUCAGUCACGAGUUUGCAACCAAGAUCAGCGGACGCAUCUUGGUGUUUUCCCAAUGAGCUGACAAAAGCCUUCGAUGCCUGAGAUAAUCUGAUACGCGUUUCAGUCGUGGCGUAUAUACAUCCGUUCAUGAGUUUGAUAAGCUGAAUCGGAAACCGGAAGCGGAUGAAGAUCGAAACAUACUUUUAGUGAUAGUUCUAUGCGAAAAGUAUCAGUGCAAGAGAAUAGUUUGGCGUGGUUAAAUUCCCAUUAUUUGCUACAUGUAGCAGCGUAUCCGGUUACGGCUGCAACAAGUGGUGUGUAUUUUUAUCACAAGUCGUCAACCCGGUGACGAUCGUGUGUGGAAGCAAGAAUCAUCCAGGACAAGUGCUAUCGUAAUCGUUAGUGAUCGGCGAGCGUAGAAAUGGUUAUUUCGAAGAUAUGCUGCAUUGGUGCCGGGUACGUGGGAGGUCCCACGUGCAGCGUGAUGGCAAUGAAGUGUCCCGACAUCAAGAUAACCGUAGUCGAUCGGAGCGCCGAACGGAUUGCACAGUGGAACUCAGAUAAGCUACCAAUUUAUGAGCCGGGUCUCGAUGAAGUUGUGAAGGAAUGUCGAAACCGCAACCUUUUCUUCUCCACCGAUAUCGAAACGGCCAUCCAGGAGGCGGAACUUAUCUUCAUUUCGGUGAACACACCAACCAAAACGUACGGCAAUGGAAAGGGACGGGCAGCUGAUCUUAAGUUCGUCGAAGGGUGCGCACGAAUGAUCGCAGAGAUGUCCCAGAACAGUAAAAUUGUCGUUGAGAAAAGUACCGUCCCAGUCCGCGCUGCUGAAAGCAUUAUGCACAUACUGAAAGCCAACCAUAAACCAGGUGUCAAAUACGAUAUUCUAUCGAAUCCUGAAUUCCUAGCAGAGGGCACUGCCGUAGAAGAUUUACUUAAACCUGACCGAGUAUUGAUCGGAGGCGAAGAGACUCUAGAAGGGAAAGCAGCGAUAGAAAAACUAUGCUGGGUUUACGAGCAUUGGAUUCCGAAGAAAAACAUAUUGACCACAAACACGUGGAGCUCCGAGCUGUCCAAGCUGGCUGCGAAUGCUUUCCUCGCACAAAGGAUAUCCUCUAUCAACUCGCUAUCAGCGGUUUGUGAAGCUACUGGAGCAGAUGUUUCUGAAGUUGCUCGCGCGGUUGGUUUAGACUCAAGGAUUGGGCCUAAAUUUUUGCAAGCAUCUGUCGGAUUUGGUGGUAGCUGUUUUCAGAAGGAUAUUCUCAAUUUAGUGUACAUAUGUGAGGGUUUGAAUCUUACUGAAGUAGCCGCUUAUUGGCAGCAGGUGAUUGAUAUGAACGAGUAUCAGAAGAACCGGUUCUCGCAGAAAAUUAUUGAAUGUCUGUUCAAUACAGUUACCGAUAAACGGAUAUCAAUCUUGGGGUUUGCCUUCAAGAAAAACACUGGAGACACUCGGGAAACCCCGGCCAUCACUGUAUGUAAAACAUUGCUCGACGAAGGUGCCCAACUGAACAUUUACGAUCCGAAAGUAGAACCGGAACAAAUCAUAGCUGAUCUAACCCACCCCAAGGUUACGGAGAGUCCUGAACACGUGAAAAAAGUAGUUCAAAUUUUCUCGGACCCAUAUGAUGCUGUUCGUGGUACGCAUGCGAUAGUGGUAUGCACUGAAUGGGAUGAGUUUAUCAGUCUUAACUACGAACGCAUUUACCAGUCGAUGAUGAAGCCGGCCUACAUCUUCGAUGGACGUAAGAUUCUGUCUCACGAAAAACUCCAGCAGAUUGGCUUCCACGUGCAAACAAUUGGUAAAAAGCUGAAUCGCAACAUCUUGACCCGAUCAUGGGGUAGCAUUCCUCAGUUGUAGUAGGAACAUUUAGGGUUCACUCCACGUCAAUGGAUGCAAGGUAAAAACUACGAUCAAAUACAUCUCAUUCUAGCAUUACCUACCUUUUUAGUAGAUAGAUUAUGAUGUAUAAUUCAAGGUAUUACGAAUCAGUGACAGUAGACAUUUUAUUAUUUAUAAAAACAAAACCCGUCAUGACUUGGGUUUUAUUACGAUCAAAGUAUUACAGUGAAUUCUAGCAGUAAUAAUUUGCCAAACGAUUUCCAGUUUCCGACAUCUCGCAAUCAUAUUACUCGGAAGUUUGUGUAUUAAUGGCGCAUUAAAUUUCAGUAAGAUGCCAUCUACUGAACUGUUUCUAUACUUACUUUCAAUGCAUGAUUUCAAGUUUCCUUGAUAGUUUAAGGUCAUUAAACACAAUUUAUGCUAAGAACAAUGCUGCAAUAUUAAAUCGCACGAUACGUGUUUUGCCUUUAUCUUUAGUAAUAUAUUUUUUUCAACAUACAAUCCAAUCGUACUCUAGAACGAUUUUUUUUUCACAAAAAAAUAUCUUUAAAACCACUCUAUUUCAUCACUAUUCACAACAUAAUUACAAAAAAUAAUAUAAGAAA